GGGUGGGCUCAGCUGGAAUAUGUGUCUGAUUGAUGAGGUGUGUCAAUAGUAAAAUUAGGAAUUCUGAGCAUGAUCAGCUAUAGAAUACAUAAUAGCUAAGAGUUGUUUUUGGCACCUUUAGAAGAAGUCUGCUCUUGAAAGUUUUACAUGGUUUGCUAUGGUAUAUCCUUAUUAAGAGAAUUAUUUGAGUUAGUCUUUUGCUAAAAUGUUUGAAGGAUUUUGGUCAGUUUUGCUGAUGGGUUUUAUUACAGCUUUUUGUGGUUGGGUUUGGCUCAGCAGACAGCAGAGAAGUAAAUCUAGCCAGUCCAAAGUAAAAGCUGAAGAAAAGACUGGUGGUGUAGGGGAAGACCUUCUGUAUCCUUCUACAAACAUUGUUGCUGAGGAGUCUAUGAAAAAACUGGAAGAACUGAAACAGAAAAGUUAUGAUUUUCUUGCUCCAGAAAAUGGGAUUAUACAAGAGUCCAAGUCAAGCUGCCUCUUGCAUGAUUUUGCCUGGACUAAUGUCCCUUCAGAGCAAAAACAAACUGUUUCUAGUCAUAGCCCUAUGGGAGGAAGCACUACUUCCAGAGAUAGUGAAUGUUAUCCAGGUACCAUACCUUGUGGUGAUGUGGCCACUGCUUUUAUUUUGCCCACAAGACUGUUGGUCCCAGAAAGUGAGAAAGUGGAUGUAUAUAUGCAUGUUAAUGAGUACUUCAUGCUACCGAAAAGACGAGAAUCUGGACCUGUGGCUAAAAGACCCUUUGUGCAAGGGAGUGAUAUGGUAGUAAGUGAAGAGCCAAUGACUCAGUGCAGGCAUCCUGAAAGAGAAUAUGUACAAGCAGUUGUAAGCAAUGACCAACUGGAAACAGUUGAGAGUGCUAAAAGUGAGCAAGACUUCAAACAUAACCUAAUACGUAAUGGAAAUGGGGAGGAUACGCUAAAAGAAGCUGUAGAACAGCUAAAUGCUAAAGUGAAGGUCCUAGUGCAAGAGGAAUCCAAGGAAAAUGCUGCACAAUUACAGGCUAUAGGGAACUGCAAAGGUGCAGUUGGAGUUCUUUCAACCAUUUCUAGUGAAAGAAAGGACCAAGAACAACAGUUUAUAAAAGUCUGUAAGGAUGUAGAUGAGAUGGCUGAAGAGUUAGCGGUUUCCCAGUGCAUUUCCUCUCUAAGAGAGGAAUCUGAACAAAAAAGCAUGGCUAAUAUAAGACCUCAUUUAGAAGAUGACACACAAAUAUGGGGGGGCAUACCUCAAGCUAAACGGACUGAAAGUGUGCUUGAAACUACAGUAGAGCAGAUGCAUGUUGCACCACGAGGAGUUCCUGAAGCGUAUAAGUUUAAGGCUGAAACUGCUGAAUUAUCUACACUCACACCACACAGAUUAGGUGUUGCUGUACAAAAGUUUGAACUUUGCAAGAUUAUAGCUGAAAAGGUUGUGGUACAGCUGAAUGUAGAUUAUGGUCAAGAGCAAAAGACUUCAAAAAGUUUGAGUGAGAAAGUAGGGAUCUUACUAAAUGAAGUGCCUCCGAAUGUGAAUUUACAACCGAAAUCCUCUGGAAUCUGUUGGAAUACAGCUGAAAGAAAUGAACAUGCUGCAGAGCUUUCUGUACAGUUAAAUACUAAAUGUGAUCAGGUAGCUGCAGCCUACCUUAAAGAUGCAGCUAAGAGAGUUGAGCAAAUAACUGUUGAAUGUGAACAACUACAGAAAAAGGAUACAUCAGAAAAGGUUACAUGGGCAACUGAAUGUGAGGAGUAUUAUGUGCAACAGGAAAUUGCAGAAAACUGUGAGGGACCUGAAAGAAUGAAGCAGAUUCCAGAGUAUGUAGCUGAAAGUGUGAAAUGGACAACUACUGAAUAUGUACAGGGCCAACAAGUAGCUUGUGUAGUGCCAAAAGCUUCUGACAUCCCUGAGAGCACAGCUGGAACAGUUGAAUAUGUGUUGGAGUUCUCACCAGGUAAAAGUGCUGAAGAGUCUGCGAUAGAGUUUUGGGAUGCAUCUGAGAGAGAGAAAUCUGUAGUUACUAAUUGGGAGCUUGGGCAGGAAACUGAAAUGACCAAGGGUACAGCUGAAACCAUGACAUGGAUAAAUUGGUGUGAACGGUCUGAAGAGAGCAAACUAGUGUGUCAAGCCAUAGAUGAAAAACUGGAACUUGAUAGCCUCUUCCACUCCCAUGAAGAACGUGAUCUGUGUCAGGACAUUGUGCAUGAUGAAGCUGUAGAAGUCUGUGAGGAUUCUGCUAAAAGUGUGGAACAGUUUACUUCUGAAUGUGAACUACCUCAGGAAGAGAUGAAACGGGAAGCUGUAGAGACCCCUUGGGUUACAGCUAAUGUAGAAAAAGAUGAAAUAAUCAUGGAAACAAGAAUGGAAUGUCAAGCUACUGCAGGCAAACUGUCCCAGAUUCAGGGCCUUGUGCACCAAGUUGCUACAGUGGCUUCUGAGGUUACAGCAGAAAGCAUGGAGCAGGUUGCAGAGAUCUUGGAUGGAGAUGUGAGAGUGGAUAACAUUGUAGACAUCUUGGUGGAUACAGUUGAAGGAAGGGGGUGGGUAACCGCUGCAUGUGAACUGCAUCCGAAGGAAGCAUUUGUAAAAGAGGCUGCAUCAGUUUCCAAGGAUGCAACUAAAACAGUGGAACAGGUAAAUACUGAAUGUGACUUGACCCAUGCCUCUGUGCAGCAUGUGGCUGUGGAGCUGGUUGCAGAGCCCACAGCAGGGAUAGUAGAACUGAUCACCACUCAAUGCAAAUUGUUCCAUGGUCAGGACUUUGAGCAACAUGUUAAUACAAACUUGUAUGGCACAGAUAAACAAGUGAAAUCUGUAACUACCGAGUAUAAGCCCUUCCAAGAGGAAGAAAAUGCAGAUGUAGAAACUUUUAAAGAUAUAGAAGAAACUGUGAAAGAUGUUGCAAAAAUCCUUGACACUGCUGAAAAAGCUGAAAAGCUAACUAUUGAGAAUUGCCCAUCUCAGAAGCUGGAUUUCGUGCAUUUGGCUAUUGCAGAGCUGCAUGAGGAUGUAACUGAAAGAUUGGAACUUGUAACUACUAAAUGUAAACCCCCUCGAAAGGAUGACUACUCUCAGCUGCAGCUACUGCUCCUUGUUGCUCAAAGAGUGAAUAAUGGAACUGUGGAAUGUGAGCUGAAUCUGAACAAGGGAUCUUUGCAGUGCAGUGUUGUAGAUCACUAUGACCAUACUGAAAGUGUGGAAAAGGGUGCAGAAGUUCCUGACCACACCAAUGAUAAAGUGGAACUUGAGCUAAAGAAAGAUACUGUGCAGCACGUGUCUAGACAGAUCACUGAAAAUAUAGCUGAAAGAUUGGAGGAGGUAGUAUAUUUAUGUGAAAUGCAGCAGGAGGAGGGCUCUGUACAACAAGUGGUUGCAGUUGUCUCUGAGGAUGCAGUUCAAAGUGUGGUAAAAGUAACUACUGAAAGUGAACAAUUCCAACAACUGGAUUAUACACAGCACAUUGAUACAGAGUUCUCUGACAGAGUGGAAGAGACUAAUGAAUGUGAGCUGUUCCAGAAGCGGGACUCUGCACAACAAAAGGUUACACUGGUCUCUGAGGAUAGACUUGAGAUAAUGGAAGACUUAACUACUGAAUGCAAAACCUGUCAGGAGAAUGACUCGCAACAGGCAACUGCGGUUAUCUCAGAAUAUGCUAGUGAAGAGGUAACUAAAUAUGAAUCACUACACCAGGAGGAUUUGCUGCAAUAUGAUACUGCAGUAAUCCUUGAGUGUUCCACAAAAGUGGAAGAGACCACUACUGAAUGUGAGCUAUCCCAGGAGAAAUCUGUGCAACCUGAGAUGUCUGAAUGUGAGGUGUCCCAAAAGAGUUUUGUACAGUGUGCAGUUGUAGAAAACAUUGAAUCCACUUCUGAAGGAGUUGGAAAGUUAGCUACUGAAUGCAAACUACAUGAGGAUAUCCAACAAACUACAGAAUUAUCACGGCAUCCAGCUGAAGGAGUGGAAAAGGUUGCAAGUGUGGCUACAGCUGAAAGAACAAAAUGGUUAACUGAAUGUGCUCUGCCCCAGAAGCCGGAUCCUGCCUCACAGAAGACUGCAGUAUUAUCCAAGGAAAUGGUUGCAAGACUGGAACAGGUAACUACUGAAUGCAAGCAGCUCCAGGAUGGGACUGUAAAUACCUGCUCUAAUGCAGUUCAUUCUUCAGAUGUAAUUCCAUACAAACUGCCUCGGGGCAAAGACUUUGAACAAAACGAAGAUGCAGCAAUCACUGAGGUUUCAGCUGGAAGAAUGGAACAAUUUCUUGAAUGUGAGUCUCCCCAAAUGUUGGAGAAAUCUGUGCGACAAACUACAGAAAUAUCCAAAGAUACACCUGAAAGAAUAGAAAUGAUUGCAGAAAUGAUUGAAGGUACAGCUGAAAGAAAACUAGUAACUAUUGAAUUUGAGCUACCUGAGAAGGUGGACUUUGAGAGAGAGAAACUGGUUACUGACAUGGUUAAAGUGAAUCUGGUAACAGAAUGUCUGUUUCACAUGCAACAGGAGGAUAUAGACAUAGCUGAAGGGGUAGACAAAGAGUUAAGUACUGAAUCUAAACUGUCCAGUUCAGAUGUGCUUGUACCACAGCCCACCACAUUUGAAAGUAUUGAACAGUCUACUAAUAAAUGUAAAUUGCCAAUAAAGGAUGCAAUACAAGAGGGAGCUAGAAGAAAUGAUGUACACAAUAGUACAGCUGCUCGUGAUGUGGAUGGAGGACUUGUGCAACAGUUGUCUUCUGAGAAACUUCCCCAUGUGGAUGAUCUUCUACAACAGGGGGAUGCAGCAGUCCUUGAUUGUACAUCUCAUAUCAGGGAGAAAGAGUUGCCUGUAUGCAACCUACUCGGUAGUAUCACAAGUGUUAUAAAACAAUUUAAUGCUGAAUGCAGUGUGUCAGUAAAUGAUCCAGUGCAAGAACUGAUUAAAGAGAAUGUAGUGAUACAAGCAGACAUGUCUGAAAAGUCAGGGCAUUUUACUAUUGCAUGCAAAACUUAUCAAAAUGAGUCUGCAGAAGAACAAUUGUCUAAUGCAUAUAGACCAUGUAGAGAGGAAACUGUGCAUUAUUCAAUGACUUGUGGAAAGGCUGAGCACUUACCUGGAAAACAUUGGCUAGCUAAAAAAUGGGAUCUCAAAAAUGAGAUUUUGGGUAUCAAAGAUGUUGACGAAAAUGUAUUGCACAAAUAUAGCACAGAGAAACUAACCAAGAACCAUAAAGAGCUCCAUGAUAAAAUCAAAAAGAAGGAAAACUAUCGUUUGAGUGAACUAGACUUGACUAACUUAGAAAGUGAAGAAGAGAAGUCUGCCAAAAAAGCAUCUGAACCAUGUAGAAAGAUCUCUGCAAACUGUGUUUUUGAAGACUUGGAAAACAAGUUGCAAAGUCAAACUUCUGAAUAUACACCAACUGGCAAAGUGGCCUUUAAGUCUGUAAAUAAAAUAAACAAAGAAAAUAAACGCACACUGAUUGCACCUACCUACCCUAUGCCUCAGAAUGUCCUUGUUAAUUUCAGAGUGCACUACAUCACACACACUGAUUCUCAGCAGAUUGCAGUUACUGGCAGUCAUGACAUUUUGGGUAAAUGGGAAAAGUGCAUCUCGCUGAAGAUAGAUAAAGAUGGUUUCUGGUCUGGUAAUGUUUUGUUGCCUGUAGAUACCAGAGUGGAAUGGAAAUUUGUGAUGGUAGACUCUGGCAAGUUCAGCCACUGGGAAGAAUGCAACAACAGAUUUCUAGAAACUGGCUUUGAGGAUCAAGAAGUCCACAGAUGUUGGGGAUUCCAUUAAGUCAUGCUAGAAAAGCCAAGUGACUGGUGAUUGGGCAAUGUAUAGUUGUGAAAUAAAAGCAAAGCUUCUACACUAUUGCUUCUUGCCAAGCACUUUAAACAUUAUUUUUUGUAGGUACACUAGAUGAGAGAUGGCUUGUUACAUGGAAGAGGCAGUGACUGAAUUAAAUUCAGAUGUUCAGUUUUGCAAAGUUGCUAGGUGGGGCUGAAAAGUCUUACAAGACUAUAAAGUAACAUUACCUUUUAAAAUUCCUUCUAUUUUGGGGAGAACUUGUUUUGGUUGCUUCAACACUGUUUAAUUGGAAGGUGAACUUGUGCAUUCUAAAAACACAAAUUUCAGAAUCCAUUAUUAAACUAGCAACAGAUCUAAUAAACUGGAAAUAACUUGA